CGGCAUUGAGUUUGACAUUUCAAAUUAGGGGGUGAAACGUAAACAAACGCAGUGAGAAAAACUAUAAUUUUUGUUCAAAGUUAUCUUGAGAUUCUAUAGCUUUCUGCAAAAAUGGCAUCCAAUGCGAUAAACUCUUCGAUGAUGACGGUAAAUUUGCAGCUUGCCGAUAUUUUUCAAUACGUCGGAGGAGGAAGCAGGUUGAUAGUCGAAGAAAAAGUUGCUGACGAUAUGUACAAGACAACACCAUUGACCGCAUUCUGCAAAAAAAUGACGAAUACAAAAGAUACGACUGAAGCUGCCUCGCCGGCGGGUUUGACUCACGAUGAGGGUACCAACAUUCUUCAGCUUUUCGUGAAAGGAUUCCCUGAAAGCGGUCUGGCAUACGAAAAGAAAGGACGAGAAAUGAAAAAUAUUGACAAAAAUGAUGAAUCUGAUGUUCUGAAUACACUUCUCGAUAUAGAUGUGCAAAGUCAUUCUACAGAAUCCAUUGAUUCGUUAAUUUCUAUUGAAGAAAAUAUGACUUGCAGUCUACUUAAAUCCUUCCUGAGAAGAUCGUUUCAUCCUGAUAACUUCACGAUGAUCGAUCGUGAAAUAAUGGAAUUUAUAGGUCCGUUAGAAAAGGAUCUGCAACUUCAUUUCGAAAUUAAUGUGAAAGUAUCGGAAUACGAGUCUUUGAAAAUAUGUACAAGAACUAUAGAACAAAGAGUAUCAUCGCAAUGGAAAAAAGAACGAAGCCGGCGCAUCACUUCAUCCAGUGCAUACUCUGUGUAUACAUACUACACAAAUCAACCCGACAAGAACAAAAAUUGGAAAAGUAAAAUCCUGAGUAUGGUGACACCGAAACAUCUUUCAACACCAGCAAUCGUACAUGGGAUCCGAUGCGAAUCAAAAGCCAUAGCAGCAUAUGAGCGAGACUACAGAAAAAACGUUUGGAGUUGUGGUUUCGUAAUACCCCCACAUAUUUCAUGGCUGGGAUGUUCUCCUGACGGAAUUGUUAUAAACGAAGGGAGAAUAAUAGAAAUUAAGUGUCCAAAAGAAGGGGAAAAUAAAUCAUUGAGUGAUUUAAUUGAUUUUCUUCCCUAUUUUACAAGAUUAAAUGUUUUGAAAAAAAAUCAUCAAUAUUACGCACAGUUGCAACUAACUAUGUUCAUAACAAAAUGUAGAGUAGCAGAAUGA